AUGGGACAUAGUGGUGGGCGCCGUCAUUACUGCCUUUGGGAGCAUUGCAACAAGGUCUUCAACCGCAAAGCAGACCUGUGCAGGCACUACCGUAUACAUACCAAUGAACGGCCGUAUCAUUGCACUGUCAAGGACUGCAAUAAAAGUUUCAUCCAGCGAAGUGCCUUGACGGUGCAUUCGCGGAUCCAUACAGGAGAAAAACCUCAUGUUUGUGAAGACAGAGAGUGCCGUGAAGCUUUCUCUGACUCAUCAAGUCUUGCCCGUCAUCGGAAAAUGCAUACUGGAAUUCGGCCAUAUAUCUCUCAGGAGUCGACAUGUAAACGAAUGUUCCGCCGCAAGACGACUUUGACCAAGCAUCAAGAAAGGUCCCAUUCCUCACAAACCAUAAUUCCAUCAUCCUCAAGGAAUGCAAUUACCAAAGAUUCAGAUCCAGGCCAAGUUGCUAUUCCCAUCUCGAAUGAACCGCAUCUCUCAAUUCAGCAUGCAAAAUUCCCUUAUACACCGUCGCCGAUUCAUGACUCUCAUGCCGUCCAGAGCCUGUACGUAGCACCAGCUCCCGUACAAGAUCAAGCCCCGAUUGUGACGCAGCCCAUAAUUGUCGCAUCACCGGUCGACAUACAACGUGCCCAGCAAUAUUGCAUGUGGUUAGUGCGGCAGCCACAUCAUGGCCAUGUGUACCAGGAAUAUCUGCCACUGGGAUUUCAGCAACCCUAUUGUAGUCUUCCAAUUGCAGAAUGCCCUUCGCUUAUUGCAGGCGCCUCUUCCCUUUCUACGUCGCCCUCACCGCACGAAGCCACCUUGCGGGCAGCCGCAGAAGAUAUCCGAACUGCAGAUAUGCCUCGCACAUGUUUCUAA